AUGAUAAAUCAGACUCGCGGCACUUCGUCCCACGGGGCCAAGCAGUGCCAGCAGCCGCCUCUCUGUACCACUUCAAGAGCAGGAUCUACAGGAGGUAAAAAGGGAAAAGAGGAGGAACCUGGGUUGGUGUGGACUGCAUCUAGGGCCCCGUUCUCCUUCGGAAUGCAUGUUCUGGCAGCUUUCAGGGCUUGGAAGGCAUGCAGCGGCUCUGUGCGUGCUGUCAUCCGACCACCACCCGCUCCCUACCCCAAGAGCGGCGCUACUGCCAGCCGCCCGUGCAUGCAAGAGUUCGCUGCCUUCCAAACCAAGGCAGGUAGUGAGGCGAUUCACUCAAGAAAUUGGGGAGAGCGACAGACAGGAGGUAUAUCUGGAGGGGCCGCCUCACUAGCAGGGAAAGAAGUGGGAUAUGCAUUCUCCGCAAAAGCGCAGGAGGGAACAUCGGCUGACGAAAACACCAACGCCGCAGCUUGGAAAUCUGCUCAGCCGACAAGGGAGCAGCACGAGGUGACUGCCGGCGCCCCUGAGGCAUCAACGAGCGAGGAUGGGGGGCAGAAGGCAGGACUUGAAGCAAGGAAAGAGUAUCAAGAUAAUGUAAAGUCUGAGAAUCCCUCAACACUGGAGAGCGGCUUCACAAGUCGAGUUGAGAGAGCUGCAGCCCUGCCUAUGCCACAAUCCCAGCCCGACGUUCCCCCUUCCGGAGAAGUGGAGGGGAGAGCAGAUCCAUGUGAACUCGCAGCAGCUGGCUGUUUCGUUUUGCACAAGAGAUACGCCGGUGGGGUGCCAGUGAAGGCGGCAACAGCGAAAGAAUGCCAAUAUAAAUGUCUUGAGCAUCGGGAUUGUGCUCGUUUAACCUUUGUUCCAUCGACAGCCUACUGCGAGCACGUCUAUGUGGAGAAGGGAACACCUCUUUGUGAGGCUGCUGUCUUAGAGGAAUUCAGAGGUGCAAUCGCUGCGAAGGCGGCCUGUCGAAUACCAGGGGAGUUACUUGUUUCGAUUCCCUCUGCGGGAGUCCCCAGAAGGGGAUAUUCCUUGUCCUCGACCCCUUUAAGCGCCAUAAGGGACCUAACGAGGAAAAAGCUGGCAGCCAGUAAGGCUGCUGCAGUGACUCAAAAAAGCAUUCAGGAGUGUUCUGACAGCUACACUCUGUCUGACAUAUUCAAGGGCGACGACUUCUGGGAGCCCUCAAAAUUCUUUUUCUUCGAAUGGGGAGACCCCACCGGAGGUACAGUGGAAUACGUGGGCAAGGCAGAUGCGCAAAAGUACAAUCUGAUUAAGACCAUGUCCGACGGCCGGAUCCAGCUCCUCACAGACACCACCGAGGUCCUUGCCAAUGGAAAGGGACGCAAAUCCGUCCGUCUUACAUCCCAGAAGGCUUGGAGAGAUGCCCUGUGGGUCCUGGAUUUGAAUCAUAUGCCUACUGGGUGCGGGACGUGGCCAGCCUGGUGGACAGUGGGGUGGGAUCCCUGGCCAGACACUGGGGAAAUUGACAUUAUAGAAGGUGCCAACCUGCAAGAGCAUGCGCAUGCUGCUGUGCAUACAAAGAAAGGCUGCGUCAUGCCCUCCAGCACAGAUGAGUUCAACGGUAGAUGGACUGAGACCGUCCAUGGCCAAGCCAUAGAUUGCUGGGACCUGGCGACGUCUGACAACGUUGGCUGCUCUAUCGAGUCGUAUGAGGAUGCUUACGGAGCUCCCCUGAACCGUAAAGGAGGGGGCCUCUAUGUGAUGCAGCUGCACCACUCAAAGUAUAUUCGUAUAUGGUUCUUCACGCGGCAGGAGGCACCCUUGGAUCUGACUAGUGGGACUCCCACCCCGGAUUUUUGGAAUCAGAAGCCCCUAGCCUAUUUCACCCUAGGGAGCAACUGCAAGGGAGAUCAAUACUUUGGGGAGCAGCGUAUCGUCAUCAACACUACAUUCUGCGGCGGGUAUGCAGGAUACACCUUCAGCGAAGCCCAGGGAUGCCCUGGCAACGGUCUAACGGACUGCGAAAAAUAUGUUAGGGAAAACCCCUCUGCCUUUAGGGAAGCUUACUGGGAUAUUAAGUCCAUCAAGGUCUAUCAAAGGAGUGGACAACACUGUCAGACGAUUGUAACCACCACUACCACAACAGGGACACUUGCGACCUCAACCGAGUGGACCGGCUCGGCGGAAGGUACCAGUAGUAGCAGCGGCUCUGCCAAUGAGGAAGACAGCGAGGAGGGCGGUGGAGGCGCCAGCAUCACGACGACAUCGACGUACUCUACCACAACGAGGAGAUGGUGGCCCUGGCCAAGCGCCGCUGCACACUCAACUCUAGCCAGCCUCGUGCUGAUUAUCCCAGCCGCGACUGCCAUGUAUGGCUUUCCGUAA